AUGCCAGUCCCCCUCCCCAUCGUCCUCCCCGCGGCGGCCGCCUCCUUGGCCUACCUCAACGCCAAAUCUGGCUUUUGGUACGACUUCACGCUCAUCAAAAGCAUCGCCAAGGCUACCAUCCGUGUGCGUCGUGGCCUCAGGAACGACACAAUCAACCUCUUUUACCUCUUGGAGAGCCAUGCCAAAAGCGCCCGCUACGCCGACAAGGCGUUCCUCAUCUUUGAGGGCAAGACUUACACCUAUGCGCAGACCUACGACAGAGUCCUCCGCUAUGGCCACUGGAUCAAGACAAAGUUUGAUGUCAAGCCCAAGGACAUUGUGGCCAUGGACUUUCAGAAUUCAGAUACCUUUAUAUUUGUGUGGUUUGCGCUGUGGGCUAUAGGCGCGAAGCCGGCGUUUAUCAAUUACAACUUGACUGGAAAGGCCCUGGCACAUUGUAUCGAAGCGGCAACCACGAAGCUCUGUCUUAUUGAUCCGGCGGUAGCCUCAAAUGUCGAUGAAGAGAGUACUCAAAAUCUGCCCCAUGUCAACUUCGUUGUCUUCACCCCAGAGGCCGAGGCUGAGGCCAUGUCCACAGCUCCUGUGAGAAGCCCAAACGCGGAUAGAUCGGAGGAUGCCAUGUCCAACAUGGCAAUGCUCAUCUACACCUCCGGCACCACGGGCCUGCCCAAGGCCGCGGUCGUGGCAUGGGGGAAAUGCAUCUAUGGAGGGAGCAUCGCCGAGACGCUCCUAGGUCGUGGUGGCGACGAUAUCAUGUACACGUGUAUGCCCCUAUACCACUCCUCCGCCUCCAUCCUCUCACUCUGCGCAACCCUCCACGCUGGCUCAACCCAAGCACUGGGACGCAAAUUCUCAACAAAGACCUUCUGGGACGAUUGCCGCGCCUCAAAGGCCACCAUGAUCCAGUACGUUGGCGAGACGCUGCGCUAUCUCCUGGCCGCCCCUCCGCAGGUCGACCCCGUCACUGGCGAGAACCUCGACCGCAAGCACAGCGUUCGCCUCGCCUUUGGCAACGGCCUCCGCCCAGACGUCUGGGACCGCGUCAAGGAGCGCUUCGGCAUCGAGACCAUCGCCGAGUUCUACGCCGCCACCGAGUCGCCCGGCUCCGCGUGGAACAUUAGCAGCAACGACCUGGGCCGCGGUGCCAUUGGUCGUUCUGGCUGGCUGUACUCGCUCAUCAGCAACACCGCCGCGGCACUCGUCGAGGUCGAUCAUGACACUGACUCGCCCUGGCGCGAUCCCGUGACGAAAUUCUGUCGCCGUGUGAAGCCCGGCGAGCCCGGCGAGAUGCUGUAUCGCCUCCCUCCCGAAGACGUCAAUGAGCGCUUUCAGGGCUACUUCAACAACCCAAACGCCUCCAACUCCAAGAUCCUGCGCGAUGUCUUCGCCCCCGGCGACGCCUGGUUCCGCUCCGGCGACAUCCUGCGCCGCGACCCCAGCGGGUUCACCUUCUUCAGCGAUCGUAUCGGCGACACCUUCCGCUGGAAGUCCGAGAACGUCUCCACCGCCGAGGUCAGCCAGGCCGUCGGGCUCCACCCUUCAGUGCGCGAGGCCAACGUCUACGGCGUGCAGCUACCGCACCACGACGGCCGUGCGGGAUGCGCCGCCAUCUGCUUCGACACGCCUGUGCCGGACGAGGCCACGCUGAGGAGCCUGGCCGAUCAUGUGAAGGCGUCGCUGCCGCGGUAUGCUCGCCCCUUGUUCCUUCGACUUGUCCGGGAGGUGGGGGCCGAAGGCCAGACGACGGGGACGAAUAAGCAGCAGAAGAGUAGCCUGCGAGCUGCGGGUGUGAAGCCGAAAUUGAGAACAACAACAGAAGCAGAAGACGGUAGCGGCGAUACUGGCAAGGAAGAGGAGGAGGCUGAUAUAUACUGGCUCAAAGGUAAUACAUAUGUACCCUUUAGAGAAAAGGAGUGGAGAGAGCUUGAGGGCGGAAGAGUGAAACUGUAG